CCUUCAACUCUCCUCGCUCUUUCUCUCUCUCUCUCCCACCAAAAUCUCCUCUGCUUUUUACUAAUAAGAAGCGAACCAAAAAUAGAAAGAAACCAGAGAACAGAGAGAGAAAGAGAGAGAGGGAAGAUGAGCGAGAGAAAUCGCAACAGCAAGCGAGAAUCGCGAGAGCUUGAAGCUUCCAUCACAAGCGUCGUCACGCCACUCAAGAAGAAGAAGCUCGACGAUUCUUCUUCUUCAGCGGACUCUCGUGCCGUCGUCCUCGCGAUUCCUUCUCCUCCCGUGGCUUCGACGCAAGGUAGAUACUCUGUCACCUCCGAAGACGAUGAUAAGAGCUCCAUCAUCAGCUCUGGCUGUUUCAGCGGUGGUGAAUCGAACGAAACCGUGAGGAACAAUCCAUCCUCUGGUGUAGUAGAUCUGGAGGAGAUAGCGAGCGAGGCUUUGGGAGAAACAACAGAAUCAUCAUCAUCGUCGGCGUUAAAGAGGGAUAAACCCCCACCGGAAGCGAGCAAGAUUUCGACGGCGGAGGAGAUUGAAGCGUUCUUAUCGGAGCUAGAAGGCGGUGACGACGAUAAACAGAAGCGAUUCAUUGAGAAGUACAACUUCGAUAUCGUCAAUGAUAAACCGCUUCAAGGUCGUUACAUGUGGGAUCGACUCAAGCCAUGAAUCGCAUGAGUUGGUUGGAAUUGGAUGAAGAAGAAAAAUAAAAUAGGUUUAUUAUCAUCUACUUAACAUUCUACUUGACUUGUACAGCUCUUCGUUUUACUUUUUGCUAAUCAGUUUUAGCCUAUGUUAGUUCCUUCCUAUGAACAAAGGAAAGUUGGUUCUUGAACCGUUUAGUACAUUGGAUGCUUAUUACUAUUAUUUUAUCUCAACAUUUGUUUUCAUGUGUUUCUUGUU